UCGUGGAGGUCUAACGUGCGUCUCUGGCUUGAGAAAAUGAAUUUCCCUACAUACUUUGCCUCCCUGGCUUUUCUUUUAACUAUUUAUCUGGAUAUAACCAACUCCUUUGUGGCCUUUACAGCUUCCAGCACCCAUGGUAUCUUUGCCGCAAUUGCUGUUCCGCUCGAGUUGCCCCAUCGAAAUGUGUUCGUCUCUUAUAAUUUUGAGGCCAACUACAAUUUACCCACAAACUGGGAGAAAUGGACAAUAUUUCAAAACGGUCCCAUAGAAUCGGAGGAAGUGGUUCAAGAUACCGAUACUGACACCGAGGCGGAGUCUGCCCGUAAGUUGGUUGAUGAGUGCCAAAAUUGCACGAUGGAGGAAAAUGAGGUUGGUGGAGAAGAACAGGAGGAAGUUGAGGAAUCUACCAAAGUAACCCACAAAGAACGUAAGGUUCGAUCUCUGCUUACUCGCUCCAAUAUCUAUCGCAUAUUCAUAGAUAAAUUAAAGAGGAGUGGCUUUCAAGGCGAAUCUUGCUUGCUACGCCUGAUUUGCGAGACAAGUGCUGCUCAGUUAGAUGAAUUCAAUGGUGUUUUGGGCAGUUUAAUGCAUGUCUUAUUCAGUCCCAGCACAUCCGAGUCUGAAGAUUUGCCCCUUAAGUAUUACCAAGCGGAACACGAUGGUUGGAAUAACCAUUGCCAUUUUUAUGAACCAGGUUGCGGAGAAAGUAUUCUAGAGCUUAUAUCAGAACCCUUUGAAGAUAUUUUAAAACACAUUGAAAGCAAUAAAAUAUAGAACAAAAUA